AUGGAUCAGCCAAACGGAAGAAUAGCCAAAGGUGGUGGCGAGCGGCUGCAUUUAAUCCCUCUACACAGACCAUUAUCCAUCGUGAAGGAGAUGGGGGAAUCGAGCCAGUACACUGAAUUGGCAGCUCUGCUACUAGCGCAGGGAGAAGAGAUUCAGUGUCUGCACAUUUAUACUGACUCAUGGGCAAUGGCCAACGGAAUAGCUGUAUGGAUGCCAACCUGGCAGUCACAUGACUGGAAGAUUGCUGGAAAGCCCCUGUGGGGAACAGAACUAUGGAAACUAUUACGGGCAAAGGCACAGCACAUGAAAAUCACUGUGCGCCAUGUUGAUGCCCAUAUGAAGGAUGGUUCGGAAUCUGCUGAUCACAACAAUACUGUGGACGGAGUAGUAAAAGCCAGAACAAUUGAAGAUGCAUCUGAAGCAUAUCACUCUGGAAAAUGGGCUCAUGAAAAAUCAGGACACUUAGGCUAUCCCAGCACUGUGCAAUGGGCAAGAGAUCGAAGUUUGCAUUUACCUGCCGAUCUGGUGAAAGAAGUCUUUGGCAAGUGUGAGAUAUGUCAAAAGGUAAAACACAUCUUACUGCCGAAUAAACCCUGCCCGGGACUUUGCGACAGUGAUGACACAGCCAAUCUAUGUAAGGGCAGUGCACGGUUUGCAAUUGCUGCAUCAACAAACAGGCUCUGCAGAAUCUGGGGUUUCAUUUUGGGUCAUUUUCUGCUCCUUGUACUAAGGAUCUGGUAUACCUCAUUGAACCCAGUGUGGGCAUGCAACACAUUCAACACUUUAACGCUGUCCCUGGGCAUCAUAGUGACUCUGGACAGAAUAUAUUCCGAUUUUCAGAGGCUUCCACAGGAAGAAGAAGAAAUGAAAUCUACAGAGAAGAAGAUGGAGCCUAGUGCUGUACGCAGUUGGUUUGUCAGUGGAGCAGCAUUUGGGAGUUUGUUGUUCCUCACACAGUGGAUAUUUGGAGAAGUCUCACUCGUCUCUCGAUGGGCUGUGAGUGGUCACCCAAAUACUGGACCAGAUCCUAAUCCUUAUGGAGGUCUGAUUUUGACUGCCAUGGCACUUGGUGUGAUGUUAUCCUUUUGGCCUUCUGUGGUUAACAGCGUUGCCUUUUGGCUAAUAGGAGUUGCAUCAGUAAUUGGUAUCUUCUACCUUCGAAGGGAAGGAGCAUUUGCUGCAGGGACUGUCUUGGCUGUUUACACUAUGUCUCUUUGGCCUCACUUGAUCAACCGCCUCAUCAGCUCAGGAUAUCCAGGCAAGGCCUUGGGCACAGGAAUGUUGGUUUACGUGCUGGAGAUGCUUGGUAUAGUGUGGUGUACAGCUUAUAACUUUGUUCCUGGAGGUUCCAUUACUCGAGAACAAACAAUGGUGGUUUUAGGUGUGCUCAUGCACUUGAUUGGAUUGGGAUUAUUCUUUGGCGAUCAGUCCAAAUGCUUCCCAUCAGAAACUAUUCAUGUUAUUCUUUUCAAAGUCUUGGCAAAGUAUGUCAAACUAUUGCUGUGGCUAUUCGUCGGUUUGGGUCUUUUAGGAUUAGGACAUCGAUUCACAUUGUAUCAGAAGAAAUUAUUGAAUCUAUCUGCCAAGAAAGACAUUUCUGCCAUGAUAUGGUCAUACAGAUUCGGAUAUGACAAUCAGGGUUGGCCAAGUUUAGAAAGAUCUGCUGACCUUAUUGAACAAACAGGUGCUGAUUUAAUUACCAUAUUGGAAAGUGAUGCCUCCAAACCAUUUCUGGGAAAUAACGAUCUCACCAUGUGGUUGGGAGAGAAACUGGGUUUUUACAUGGACUUUGGUCCAAGCACGAAAGACCACACGUGGGGGGAUGAUUUAGACAGGAAAUUGCAGGCACAAUACAUUUCUAACUUAUUGAAGGAAAUCCCACAGCCUCUUGUAUUUCUGGGAUACAUUACUUCUGCACCGGGCUCCAGAGACUACAUACAGAUUAGGAAAUUUGGAAAUGUAAAGGAUAUAGAUCAGAGUGAUCCACAUAGAUGGUGUGAGUACAUCAUGUACCGUGGAUUAAUAAGGUUGGGCUAUGCCCGUAUUUCUCAUGGUGGUCUGAGUGAUACAGAAGUUCAGUUGGCAAAGUUUCGGAUUCCUGAUGACAAAAAUCAUUAUGAAGAUAAUGGUAGAAUCGAAACCGAUCCUAAAAAUGUGCCUGAAGAAAUUCAUUUUAACCCCAGUUUUGGAUCAUUUAUGAUUGGACACAACAGCGAACACAUUCACCACUUUCACAUGAACACACCAAAGUAUUUCCUCCAGCAUGAUAAAGAAGGAAAAAUUAAAAUGUGAUUUUACUAAUAGCAAUAUUCUAAUGUUAUACAUAGUACAUCUUAUUUUAAACAUGUAUGGACUAUUACUGCAUACAAGAUGUGAUGUGACUUUAUUAAGGAUGGUAUUGCGUGGUGGAUAGAACAUUAGAAAGGUGACCAAAAAAGACAUCUAUCACCAAUUCUACGACAUAUUUUACAAAGUUGUGCAAAAUGUCAGAAAACUGGGAUAUCUUUAAGGUCUAUAUUAUUGAUUCUUGACUAGUUUCCUUUCUUAAUAGGACUUUCUUGU